CAGGGAGGAGUGAAUCCCACGUGGGAGGAUAAAUUUUACAUCCCUGUUGACGCCGCAUUUUUGGGGAAUCGAUACUCCUACAUUUACCUUGAACUCUACAAUAAACGGCUCUUCUCCGGCAGAGCUCAACUGGGUUGGUGUCAGAUUCCGGUCGCCGAUUUUGGGUUGUCGCCGUCGCCGGGAGGUCAGGUCCGGUAUCUGAGUUACAGAGUGAGGGAUCAUAGAGACGGGACCAGAGGGCAGGGAAUUUUGAACAUUGCUGUUAAGUUGACCGGAGGGGAAUUAAUGACGCCGCGACUGCGACCGCCGCCGUCCCAAGAAUCGGUGGAAUCCGGUGAGAAAGGUGCGGGGAGUUGUCAAGGAACGGUGAUUGGGAUUCCGGUGGAAAUGUUUAGGAAUAUGAGAAUUUGUCAAUGA